UUCAUCGUGGCGGAACAAUAAACAUAGGUUUAUUCAAAGAUUCACAUUUCUCCAAAUUUCAAAUCUUCACAAUUUUGUCGCGCCUGCUCGAUUUGGUACUGGCAGCAGUUGCAGAAACCCCCAUUGCAGCACUGCUAAGUAUAAUUCUUGUUUCAUAGAGAUAGGUUACUAGUUAUAGUAUGGAAGCGGUCUCCUGCUCAACCUUGGGCACAUCCUUCAGGCCCCACUCUCCGUUAUUGUCACAAUCUCGUAAACGAGUGGCAGUAAUUUCGGUGAUUUCAUCAACGAAGAUGGUGGCGGAUGGUUACGUCGGCGGAGGAGGGGGGUUCAGCUUCAGAGCGAAUAAAACCAGGAGUAAUAGUACUAAGAGGAUGUACAGAAGAAUGGAUCCUUGCUUAGUGAUACCUCCAUUGCACGGCGAGAAGCCUCGCGCGAUAAUCAAGUUCUUGGGCGGCGCCUUCAUUGGAGCCGUCCCUGAAGUCAGCUACAGUUAUUUUAAAGAGCUUUUGGCGAAGGAAGGGUUUCUAAUAAUUUCAGUGCCUUACAAUGUGACAUUUGACCAUGCCCUUGCUACACGGGAGGUGUAUGAGAGGUUCAAUGCCUGCUUGGACUCACUACUUUCUUCUGGGUUGCCUGAUUCGGACCUAACUCCUUCUGAUCUUAUUGACCUUCCAAUUUUUUCUGUUGGCCAUAGCAAUGGUGCACUUCUCCAAGUACUCACCAGCAGUUUCUUCGAAGAGAAGAUACCAAAGGCUAAUGCCAUAAUCUCAUUCAACAACAGGCCAGCAACUGAGGCAGUACCUUAUUUUGAGCAGUUGGGUCCUCUUAUUAAUCAAAUGAUGCCAGUUGUUGAAGCAUCUCCAAUAUACACAAUGGCUAGGACUGCAUCAGGAGAUGCAUGGAAGUACCUACUUGAUAUGGCUGGAUCAAUGAUGCCAGACAACGAUCAGGAAGGCCUAAUUUCAUUGAAUAAAUUUGUCGAUCAGUUGCCCUCCGUACUGAAUCAGGUUACAGGAGGAAUCUCAGAGUUCAAGCCAACACCCUCUGAAAAUCGUGAUUGUUGUAGAAAUUCAUACAAUGUUAAACACACUCUAUUGGUCAAGUUCAAUUCUGAUGCAAUUGAUGAGACAGAUCUUCUUGAAGAGACACUGAAGCCUCGUGUGGAAGCCAUAGGUGGAACAGUGGAAAAGGUCCAAUUAAACGGCAGCCAUAUCACACCGUGCAUACAGGACCCAAAAUGGCAAGUAGGUUCCGUGUACACCCCGGCAGAUGCUAUUGCUCAAGGGCUUAAAACCCUCUCACUGAAUGAGACCAGAGUCCUCUCCAGAACAAUCAGUGAUUGGUUCAGACGUUUUGAAGAUUGAAAUACAAGAAAUGCAGUGAAAAUUUCUCCAGGAUUACCGUGUCGAGGGAAUCAGCCCCCAAGUCAGCAAAUUUGGUUUCAGGAGCCACGGAGCUAACCUCCACUGAAAGUUGCUUGGCAAUGGUGCCUUGGACGGUUUGCAAAGUCUCAGCCUGAGCCUAUACAUACAACAAUGCAUACAUGUAAAAAAAUUUCAUAUAUUGGAUGACUCCUAUUAUGUUUCAAGUUUAGAACUGAAUUAUCUUACAGAGCAUGAAAU